AUGUUUCUCAACAACUCCCUUCAUAUCCUCUGUUUUGGAGAUAGUUUGACAGCAGGAUGGUCUUUAUCGACACAUCCAGUGUUGCACCCUUAUGCUGGUAGUUUGGAAGCAACACUGGGCAAGAGUUUACCUUCCAUCAAUGUCAGUACGGAUGUUCAGGGAGUUGGGGGAGACCAGACGGAAUGUCCACCCAAUGUAUGUCCUGGAUUCUUGCCUCGGAUGGAAAAGCUUUACCAAGAGCUCGACGAUUCUCAACAUUACGACUGGGCUGUCAUCCUCGGCGGAACAAACGAUCUUAAUGCCGGUCGUGAUGCUCCAGAAAUCUACACCUCUCUCCAAAAGGUAUGGGGCAUACCACUCAGCCAUGAUACGAAGGUCUUAGCCUUGACCGUCCCAGAAUGUGGUUAUUGUGAACCUAUCACCAAUAAGAGGAAAGCGGUGCUUAAUGAUAACAUACUGAAGCAUCCGGCGGACAAUUUUUUUACAUUCAAUCUGCAUGACUCUGUACCAUAUGGGAAUAUGUCUGAAGAAAUGAGGAAAGAGAUAUGGGAUGAUAUCAUACAUUUCACGCCUAAAGGAUAUGACUUGGUUGGGAGUCGUAUAGCGGAGCGACUGACGGAGAUCUUGAAGGAUGACUUGUCACAAGAUCGAGACCAUGGGGAGUUGAAGAAGUAG